AUUAGGGAAUGCAGCUUCCAAUACAUAUUUAAUUCAUUCUUUCAUUCAAUUUAGACAUAUUCGGUAAGAAUUUCAUAGAUUUCAAGUAAUUUUGAAAUAAUACAUUUUACGCAAGGAUGAGCAUAGUAUAUCUUUAAGAACACCCGGUAUGAAGAAAAUAUUGUUUCAGAAUGACGAAUAUUUGAAGACGAAAAUGGAUGAUAGUGAAGCAGACCAGGAACGAAACCCGGACGAAUUAAAUAUGAAGAGUUACCUGGUGUUAUUACAUUCACUUCUGAACAAGUUACCGGUGCCGGCUGUAAGAGCGACCAAGUAUCAGUACUGACCAACAUGGAAAUAGGUUCAAUCAAAGGAAAUGAACCGUGUGAUAAACCAGGGAAACCUAGCGCAGUUGGACAAGUUCAUGUAGACACUGUCCUUUUGGUUUGGGAACCACCAAAAGAACUGUAUGAAAACUUCAACUAUCAAUUGAGAUACAAAGAAAUUAAAGAAAAGCAAAAAUGGAAACUUCAUCCAGAAUUAAUGGCCAGUAGUACAGUCACUUUGAGCACUUUAAGAUCCGAUACACAAUAUAUAUUUCAAGUCCGAAUGGUGGAUGAUGAGAUUGAAGGACCGUACAGCGAAACAAGCGACCCCGUUCAGACUAUUCAAUCAGCCGCUCAACAAUUACUGGAAUUUACUUAUGAUGUUUCAAGACCAGAUGUUGAAAUGCCAUUGAAAAAAAUUUCAUUACAAGAAAACAAAGGAACAAGAAACGAAUUAGCAAAAACAAGGAAGUUAGUUAUAGGUGAGGCGAGCAAUACGCAUUUUUCAGAAAGAACAAUCAUGCUUGUAGGCGCGACAGGAACAGGGAAGAGUACACUUGUCGACGGGAUGGUGAAUUAUAUACUUGGUGUGAAUUGGAAUGACAAAUACAGACUAACACUAGUUGAUCUGGAAGAUGAAGAGAAAGAUACAGAUGCUGAUCAGGCAGUCUCGCAGACUCAAUGGAUAACAUGCUAUACUAUACAUCCAAUGCGUGGUAGCCGGUUGAACUACACUUUAAACAUCAUAGAUACACCGGGAUUUGGAGAUACGCGGGGAAUUGAUCGAGACAAGGAAAUCAUUGAUCAAAUUCGUACAUUGUUUUCUUGUGAGGAUGACACUGGUGUUUUUUACAUCGACGCUGUUUGCUUUCUUAUUAAAGCCCCCGAUGCUCGUCUAAUACCCACACAGAUGUACAUUUUUAGUGCUAUAAUGACUCUGUUCGGGCAAGAUACAGAGAACAAUAUAUGCAUGCUUGUUACUUUUGCGGAUGGGAAACGACCCCCUGUAUUAUCUGCUUUAAGAGCAGCAAAACUACCACAUGAGCAGUACUUUCCAUUCAAUAAUUCAGGUCUCUUCGCGGAGAAUACCGGCGAUAAUGUUUCGUGUUUUUCCCCUAUGUUUUGGGAAAUGGGAUGCAAGAGUUUUCAGAUGUUUUUCAAUAAGCUCACCAAGAUGGAAACAAAAAGUCUUCGGCAGACGAGAGAUGUUCUUUCACAGCGUGAGCAGAUAGAAUUAACUAUGGACAAUCUGCUUCCUAAGUUAGAUGCUGGGUUGAAUAAAAUCGAAGAAUUGCGCGUUGAAAUCAGAAUAUUAAGAUUACAAAACUCAAAUAGAAGAAAAUAGCGACUUCACUUACACUGUUUCUGAAACAGAACAAAAGCAAAUCGAUCUUCCAAAAGGCAAGCAUGUAACGAUUUGCCUAAAUUGUCAUAUGACAUGCCACAAUGAUUGUGCCUAUGCAAAUGACGAGGAUAAGAAGCAUUGCUGUGCAAUGGACAGCAAUGGGAAUUGUACACAGUGCCAGGAGCAUUGUUUUUGGGAUAUUCACAGAAUACUCCUUAUAUAUUUGAAUAUGUUACAGUACAGAAACAGAGGACGUAUACAGAGAAGCUGGAAAAGUACCGCCGGGCCGAAGGAGAAACAAUGACGCGCAAAAAGGUUGUAGAAAGAAUGUAUGAUGAACUAUACGACCUAGAAGAUGAUAUAAUGGGGCUGAUGGAUACAAUCAAUACUUGUAACAACAUCCUUAGAGAGAUAGCUCUUCGACCUGACCCGCUUAGUGUUGUUGAACAUAUCGACCUCCUGAUUGAAAGCGAGAGACUGGAAAAACGACCGGGCUUUCAAGCAAGGAUUGUAUCCCUUAAACAGUGUCGCAAAAAGGCAAACGUAGGCGACGAUGUAGAUCGAUUUACAACAGGGUUUACUGACACGACGAAAAUAAUCACAGCGCAAGUUAACAUACCACCGAAACCCCCAAGAAAGAAGCAGAGGACUAGGGGAAAGUUCAGCUUGUUCAAACCAGUUGUGGAUAUUGCGAACAUGUUUAAGAAUUGACAGGUUCAAUGAGAAAUAUUGAACUAAACUUCAUGCAUGCUGAAGUUCUUUGAACUGUUUUAUAUUGAGUGACUGUUCAGUAUGUACUGUUAGUAAUAGUUCUAUUGACAUUUCAUUAUUUUUAUGAUUUGGCUUCUCUCUUCUUACGUAUUUUAUUCCGAAAACGUAUCAUGUGUGUAUAUGAUUCAACGACAUUGACUUCGUUAACUGAUGAUUUAUGCUGCUUUUGAACUUUUUUCUUCUUUAUAACGUUUCCCUUUGUUAUAAUGUUAGUUUUAAAUGAAUAAAACAUAGACAUUUCGUUA